UAACGAUUUAUUACUUAUUUUCUGUUCCAAAUAAGGAAGUAAAUUUGAAUUCAUUGAAAUAAAAAAGAAAUGAUUUGAAAACGAAAGUUGGGAAUAUUAAGAACAGUUCACAAUAAGACGUUUUCAGACUGAACAAGAAAAAUGCCUGAAAUUGUUGUAUAUGUUUGGCGCCCAUCUGGAGAUUAUGUCGGCCAUAGCUCCUUGCAGUUGAGUGAUGGUACCUAUAUAAGUUGGUGGCCUGAAGGAGACUGUGGUCCUACCAAUCCUCGAGCAAAAGCUGCGCCCAAUGAUUCCCUUGAAAACGAUAUUAAGGCAGAAGGCAAUAGACAGCCUCAUGCCUACAGGAUUAAAGUAUCAAGUGAAGAGCAAAAUGCUAUUGUUCGGUGGUGGACAAACUUCAAGGCGAAGGCAGACUACCAAUUCAUUUCAAACAACUGUUCAACAGUAGCUUACUACGCACAAGAGGCUGCUUUCCCAUUUCUUUCAAAGCUAAAUGAUGAAAUUCCAGUAUGGGUACCAGGGGCUAUUGAAAUGGUAGCACAAGAUUUGGCUGCUGGGAAAAGAAGUUUUGACCAAAAGAGAAUCGAUGAAAUAAAACAGGCCGUGAAAGAUGAGGUAAAAAGACUAUCCGGAGGAUCAAAGAAAGCCAACAACCUCAAAAUAGGCUUUAAAGGAAGGAAGUAAAGUUAAUUUUAAAAGGAAUAAAAACAGUAGUUAUAAUUGAAUUACACAAAUUACUUAAACAAAGUGUAGUGUUUAACUAGAAAUUAUUACAUUCAUUUAUCAAAAUAUAAAUUGAAAUAUCUGGCUAUAAGAUACAUGUAUUUAUUUUAAUAUUGACCUCUUUAAAAGAUGUUACCUUAAAAAGACAUUAUGCUCAUUUUUUCUUUGUCAAAUUGAGUUGAGUUAAAAAUAUUUUUCAAAAGAUUUACUAUUUUGAUGGUGUUUUAAUUAUAAUUGACCAAAAGAAAAAUUUGGGACAAAACAUAAAAAUGCCCUUAAAACAUAAAAAGACUGUCCCGCUAUUUUUUAUCAACUGAGUGUCAAUGAUAAUUCUGAAGGAUAUUUUUAGACAUUUCCGUGUGCCACAAAAAACUAUAAGGAUAGAAUAUGAAUUUGGAAACAAAUAUGGUAAAAUAUAAACUAAUUUCGACUUUCAACUGUACCCUCAAAAGUUACACUUGGAAAGGCAUAAUGUCACUUUAAGACGAAAGUUUGGUCAGCAACAAGUAUAGAACUUUGUCAGACUGCAAAUAUUGUUAUAUGUUUUCUUUCUGUUUGCAUUUAUCUUCACCUUUUUCAAAUCUCGUAAUACAAAAACCAUAAAAUGUUUGUAGAUGCAGCAAAUAAAGGCUAUUUUUAUAUAUUUA